CAAUGGCAGAUUUAAUUCUGCCGACUGAAAUAAAAAACCUAAUGACGCUUAUUUCGACACUUAAUUGCGCCCUAACUAAUUACUGUAAUUAAUUUCCUGUUUGUAAACAUACCAUUUCAAUGCGCAACCAGAGCGCUGUCGCUGUUGGCGGCGCUGAACAAGUCAACGGCCGAUUCGUGCGGCUGCGAGACAGGGCUAGUCGGGACGGGGAUCGAGAAGAACGCCGCCUUGGCAGCGACGAGUUUCUUCCUCUGAGGACAUCGCGGGCCGCGGAUCCGGACCGGAGAACAAGGAAAACCGUCGCCAGGAACGAUGUGAGUCGGAGCAGCCGGAGAAUCGUGAACGGAACAGAUCGGGAGACGAGAACCGACUGCACGGUGGUUCCUUGCGCUGAUCCGCGAAUCUCUAAGACGAGCGAGCGCGCCGGGCUUCAGGUACCUGAGAUAAGACGCUGGUGCUGCAUCGGCUUGCAGAAAUGUAAUCCUGGAGUGGCGGCCCAUGGCGGAAGACGGCGGCGAAACAGUGAGAUGAAGAUCCGACUGCGAUUAGGGAUGGAGAUAGAAACGAUGGGGGGGAUGAGUAGAGAAGAUGGGUUUAUAAUACGGAUGAGGAAAAUAGUAGGGGGGGCAUUGGCGGGAUAAUGAAGGAGGGAAAGCGGAAAAUGGGGAUGGCGUGGUUUCGUUUCAAAAUAGAAAUAGAGGGAAGCGGCGCGAGAUUCGCAGUUUUUUAAGUUUUCUAGGGUUUGGCCGUUUGGGCUCCUUUUUUUUUGGUACAUUUUUUUUUUCAUAAAUCAAUGAUAUUUUC